UCUGGAUAGGAUGGAUGGAUUUUUGAAGUAAUUUGGAGCGUUAUUGAAAAAAUUAUUUAGAGAUGACACUUUGUCCCAAAAGGGUGACAUUUUGUCCUGCCGGAUUUGUCCUGUUGACUCUUUUUCCUGUGUUAAGUACAUGACUGAUAAGAUAAGAGUUAUUUCUGCCUGUAUCUGUGUGUGUCACCGUAGAAAUUUUGCUUCGAUUUUAAUCAAGCAAUUUUGUGUAUUUUUUAUUUUGACAUUUUGUCCCAUGGCCAAAUGUCGUUUUAGAAAAGUUGAUACUCAAAUGACCUAAAGAUUAAUUUUUCAGUUUCUUGUGAUUUUACUUAGUAUGCCUUUGACUUUUUUUCUAAUUUAAUUUUUCUUUAAUUUUUGAAUAAUUUAUUCAUCAGAUCUUUCAACAUGACAAGUUCGGACGAGAAAGACAUUUCAAAUUAUAUGCGCUUUUUUUGCACAAGAAUGGUUCAAGCAGUAGUGCAAGCUCGAAUGGGAAAAAUGCAUUCUUCUCCGUGUGUCCAAGCUUCGGAUCAAAUGAUUUGGUUUAAUUUAGUUAUGGAUGAAAUUGGGGAAGUUGCUGCUUAUUUGAAAUCGACUAUUGGAAGAAAGCUUGUCAGAUUAGAUAAAGAAUGCGCAGACAAAUUUGUAAAUAUCAGAACUACUUUAUAUCAACAAAUGUCAACUCUAUUAAAAUCAAUAAUUGUUGCCUCAAGGUUUACUCCAGCAUACAGACAUUAUGUACGCAAUCAGGGACCUGAUACUUUUAUUUUUUGUUAUAAAGUAUUUGAUGGAGAACCAGAUUUAUCAAUUCUUGGAGAAGAAACAAAAUAUAGACGUUUAGGCUAUUUACCUUCCCCAUUUGGGGCAAUUUCAGUCGAAUUAUAUUUUCGAACAAAAAUGGAAAUUCAACCACAACCUUUUGUUCCUGAAGAAGAAAUUUUGGAGGAAAAGUCUAGAACAAAUAUUGGAAUAGCAAUACCAAAUGAAGGAAGUAAAAUUGUUCCGGUUAGCCCUACUUCUUUGGACAAUAUUAAUUUGUUUAGCACAAGUCCUGUUAGUCAGGAUUUACAAUUCCGUGCUUCUCCAAAAUUUAUUGUUGGAAGUGGAGGACAUUCAUUUUCGUCAGUUGGAGCUAUUCCAAGUGCUGUAGCAACAACAACUUCUGGUACAAAAUCUGAUCCAACAACAACAAUGAGAAGUAGAGCAGAAUCUCCACCAACUUCAAAUAGUUUUCCUGAAAGAAAUUCAACACCACACCAAAAAUUGCGUGUUAGAAACAAUUCUUUUCCAUUUUCUUCACUUUUGUUAUAUUCUAGAAGUUCUUCUGAUCAAUUAAAAAUUUUACCAAAUGUUCCUGAAGAUGAUGCUUUAAACACAACAAAUUUAACUUUUAAUCCACGUGGAAGCAAUAUAUCUCUCGAUAAUGAUAAAACUUUGGUUAAUAAAACAGAAGAUGUUAGAAGAAACUCCUCUGCAUGUACAGAAGAAUUUGUAGCGUUUACAAUUAAGGAAACUUGUAAAGAAGAAGAAGAGAACAAUAAUAGACAACAAACAUCAAAAUUUUCUUCUUCAAAAACGUCAACAACAUCAACAUCACCAAUUAAUGAACAACAACAAAAUAAUAUAAAAUCAGAAAAUAAUGAAAAGGAGGAAGAGGAUGAUGAGGACGAGGAAGAAGAAGAGGGAGAGGAAGGGGGUUGUUGUUCAAGUGAUAAUUCUUAUGUUAAAGUAAUUGCUUUUGCUUCUACAAACGGGUCAAAUUCUGAAUUGGGAACAGAAUUGAGCGAAUUUUUUAAAGAAGUUAGAUUUGCACCUGAUAAAUUGACAUCUUUGUGUACAUCUGAAAGUGCUGUUGAAUUGAAAGAUCAGUUGGACACCUUCCGUCAACAAGAAUCGGGUUUCAAUCAGUUUAUUAGUGAUCUUUGUGAGGAAGAGGAAGAAUAA